UACUUGACUAGAGUUGCAGUCACACACACAAUGAAAAUGUCUCUGCGGAUGUCGUUCUCAGAUGAUUAUCCCUUUGUUUUUCGGCAACAAAUCCGAUCUUUCAGGGGUGAGGAUAGGAUCAGUCAAUUACCAGAUGCUGUUCUUCGUCACAUACUUUCCUUUGUUCCAGCAACCAAAUGUGUUAUGAGAACCUGCAUUUUGUCUAAAAGGUGGAAGGACAUAUGGGCCUCUAUUCCCAAUCUAUACUUCCGUGAUGAACAGUUCUCCUCUUCUGCUGAUUUCAUAGCCUUCGUUGAUCGUGUGCUUCUCCAUCAUGAUUCAUCAGCCAUUCAAAAGUUCCAUCUUCAUUUCAAUCGUUAUUGUGUUGAGGAUUUCUCUCGUGUUGAUAGUUGGAUUAGCACUGCCGUAAGGUGUAAUGUUGUGGAACUAGUCCUUUCUAUUGGUUCAGGUGGACAAGCGAUGUUUGAGUUGCCUCUAAGCCUUGUGACUUGCAAAACACUUGAGGUUUUGAGGCUGAUGUCAUUGUUUAUCAUCAAUAAUGUGCCUACAUCAGGGUGUUUCCCAAGCCUGAAGUGCUUCCAUCUCCAUUUUACAGAUAACUAUGCUAAUUACACCGCGAUGUGGUUGUUUUAUUUCUCUGUGCUUGAACAUUUUACUAUAGAUGGAGAUCCUGGACCAAGUUUAUUGGAUCUCAGCAUCUAUGCUGAAUUGAAGACAUUAAGGAUAGAAUUUUCCAGUUCAAAUGAUAUGCAUAAGUAUUACAAUAUUGAUAUUGAUGCCCCGGAUCUUGAGAAACUUGAUCUCAAGGUGGGUUCUCUGUCAAAUUUUAGUUUGACGGAUACAAAGUCGCUAGUUGAAGCCGAUAUUAAACUCUGUUUGCAUCCCAAUGAAGAUUAUGUACAAGAGGACUCUGUUAGGCGUGUAGAGUUUCUGGCAGCAAUUUCUAUUGUUAAAUAUCUGUCUCUUUCCGGGAGUAUCUAUGAGGUUUGCUUUGUGCCUGCAUUGGAUAAUUUGAUCAAACUGAGGCUGGUUCAUUUUGGCGGCUCUCACUGGUGGAAAACACUAAUGAAGUUGCUCGAGAGAUCACCUAAUCUAGAAUGUCUUGAUAUAGACCACCGGAUUCAUCCAACCCGAAGACAGGUGGAAGUGGAGGUGAUUGAACUUCCUGAGAAAGAAGAGGAGGUGAUUGAACUGCAUGUUGGCUUAGAUAGAUCUGAAAAAUUUACACUGACAACUGACCAUGUAUUUUCAACAAAGUGUGGUUACAAUAUAGAAGUCACUCAAACAUGGAAGCACAUGACACUUUCCAUCAAUAAUGAGGUCAGAGCCGGAACAUAUCCAAAUCAUGUACGGAGAGCAGGCAUGGCUCGUCGCUUAAUGGAGAGAAGUGCUAAUGCUAAAUCCUCUUAA